AAAGGGGUGUUUCCCAAGUUUUUGUGUACGUCUUCCACGUGUUGACAGGUCACAGAGGAUGUGCAAACCGGCGUCUGCAGGUUGGAGAACUGACAGCGACUGAUACUUGUCGUCGUAAUGUGAUGCAAAACGUGACACAAUGUAUCGUUUAAGUAUACUUUUUGUGACGUGUGCGAUUAUUGGUGGUGUUUCUGCGUCUGGCGAUGGCAGUGGAGGUGGGAAAUCGGAGGAGUCACAACAGAGCCAUGAAGGCGAAGGGAAAGUCUCGCCCAUAGAUAUGUACAGAAGCCUGUUUGAGAAACACCGGGUCAUGCAGCUGGAUGCUGUCAAGUCGAUACAGACAUUCGGGGAUUACGCUCAGCGUCACCAGCUCGUCAAAAUCAUGGUUCAACAGUUGUUUAAGGUUCUUGGUGAGGGGAAGGUGAAUUUGACUGAGUGGGGAUACAUGCCGGGAGAUCCAUUUCCUACAAACACAACAGUACGGGACAGUAUGUCUAAGGUCCUGGAGAACGUGGCCAUGUUCGGUGAUCUGGUGCUGCGCCUACCAGAUAUUGCACACGAUAUUUUCGACAAAAAUAAAGAGUGGCAACUGAUCCUAGGCUGGGGAGUGUGGUUCUGUAAUGAAUCCAAGAUUUUCCAAGGAAACAGUGCCAAACUCCUUUCACUGAUGGCUCAGGAAGUUAAUCUGGUACCGAGGGAUGAGAAUUAUGUGAAUCCAUUUAAGAAUGAAAAUCUCAUGAAAGAACAGAUGAGGAUCACGGACAGUAAACAAAAAAGUAAAAGUAAGAAAAAGAAGGAGAGGAAGAAGGGACCACGCCUCAGUGGAGGGGGCAAACACACAGAAUUGUGACCUCUUGACUUCUGACUUUUGACCUCAUUCCUGAUAUUUGACCAAUAUAAUCUUUGAUUUCUCAACAUAUAGGUUUGCCAUCUCUGAUCUUUAUCAAUUUUAUCUUUAAUCCUGACAGCAUAUCCCAUCACUCUUAACCUUUGAGAUCACUAACCCCUAAGAACCCUUGACCCCUGGCUUUUAUGAUAUUUGCUCCCUGCAUCCCUCUCUAUGUUCAACAUUGACCUUUGACCUUUGUGACAUUGGAUUCCUCUUUAGCUCACAAACAUUUAAAAAAUCGCCUAUCAGUCGUUUCCCUGACCUCUUACCACAAGUCUGACUACUGACCAAUAAUCACUGACCCAUGAACCCUUCACAAUACUGCAUGGUCAUGUCUCGACUAGUGUCCAAAAAAUCAACAAGAAAACCAACUGCAGUUUAUUGUUCAAUGAAUCAACAGGAAGACCAACCGCAGUUUAUAGUUUAAAGAAUCAACAAGAAAACCAACUACAGCUUAUAGUUCAAUGAAUCAACAGGAAGACCAACCGCAGUUUAUGGUUAAAUGAAUCAACAGGAAGACCACUGCAGUUUAUAGUUUAAAGAAUCAACAAGAAAACCAACUACAGCUUAUAGUUUAAAGAAUCAACAAGAAAACCAACUGCAGUUUAUUGUUCAAUGAAUCAACAGGAAGACCAACCGCAGUUUAUGGUUAAAUGAAUCAACAGGAAGACCACUGCAGCUUAUAGUUUAAAGAAUCAACAAGAAAACCAACUGCAGCUUAUAGUUUAAAGAAUCAACAAGAAAACCAACUGUAGUUUAUUGUUCAAUG